GGCAGGAAGGCGUUUUUGGCAUCUAAUUUUGCAGAAAAGACACCACUUUCCACCUAUAUCUAGUUCAGCUCGUCCAUUUCCCACUCUUUUCUGCUCGGAAAGGCAAGGUCUGUUAAACGGAAGGCGAUUUUGGUAUUUAAUUUGGGUGAAAAUACACCACUUCCGCCUUAUAUUUAGUUGGAGCCAUCCGUAUAGAUGCUAAUCUCUGCAUCCCUGUCCAGCUCGCCCAUUUUUCACAAUUUUUUGGUCGGGAAGGCAAUAUUGGGGACCGAAUUUAAGUUGAAUUCUACAGGAUUUCGAAAAUUCGUCGUAUUGGGUAGAAACGGAAGUUUACUAAGUAUCAUAGAACGCUCGUUAUUACAGGCGACUAAGAGGGAGGACUCUGUAUACAAGUACCGAUUCCGAUCAAUGCUUUCAGAUAUAUGCUAUUGUGGUGCGAUAACGGCGAUACUGAAAAAUGAGCAGCUUCUUGGAAAGAAAAGAACGUGAACUCUUGGUCUUCUUGAAAAGAAAAGGAGAUGAGCAAAAUAUCAGAUCAGUAUCUCAAAAACUGUGGGACUAGUUCGCGUAUAUACAGACAGACGAACGUCGCUAGUAUAUAUAUUAGAGGGUCUCCGACGUUUCCUUCUUGAUGUUCAGGGUAUAAGAAUUAAGAGCAACCAAAAGACUAUAAUAAAAAAGUCGGAAAUGCCUAAUCAUCUAAUUGAUUUUCGGUUGGUGGCCAAUAUCGAUAAAAAAUAGCCAAUAGUAGGUGCUUAUUAGUUAAACUUAUCAACGGCGGACGAUUCGGUCAUUGGCGCAAAGCAGACCCAAUAAAAAAGCUUCGUAAAAGUAUUAUUUUGUUAACAAAUCUCAAGUGGGUCCGCAUUUAAUUUAUAGAACCAUCGAAGGCCAGAGAUAACGGGUUGCAUGAAUGACUAAGUAUGAGUCACAAUUGCUUGUUUCACAAUGCAUUGCUUCUUAGAUCCAUCGAUUAGCUUAUGGCAGAUAAUAAAUGUUUACGAUUAUUUAUACCGUUUGGACAAGCUGAAGUGGUGGCUAUCUGAUUUUGGAGCGUGCAAAGUUUUAGGUGCCUUUCUUAUCACAAAUUCUAUUGCGAAAAACUCGCUUAUAAAAGCAAUUGGCGAAAGUGAAGAAGGCAUCAGUUAAAGUGUUGAGCAAACAUCCGAAGAAAGGUUGUUUGCAUUUUAACGAUUUUUGACGAUUUCGACGAUUUCGACGAUUUCAAAAUCAUUUUAAAGUUACGGAGGAUUCAGUACGAUCUUGUUCUAUACUCUUAUCACAUAGAACAUAACAAUGACCGAAAUAAUUAAGAUUGCAAGCAUCGCUUUCUUGGCCUUUUGUUGCCUAGUUCAAGCGAAGUAUGUGCCCGGUGUUUCCUACAUAGAGAAUGUAGAACUCGCCUACGACAAUGUGACGGACAUUUGGCGUUGCGACCAACUCGUUUGUCCCACCGGCACACACGGCUGUAAAAUCAUAAAGCGCAACAAUCCCAACAAAGCAGACGAAUUGAUUUGUAACAAUAUUUGUGUUGACAAGCUGGGCGCGAAUUUGCUGAAGUUCACACAUACCGAGUCCAUGGUGCAAGCGCAGACGACUGAUAUUUAUGUAAACUCUUAUGUGGGCGGCGAUAUAUCGCAGUGGAGCGCGGGUUACAGUCUGUCGUGGCAAGGCGUAAAUGCCACUAUCGCACCCCAAGAUUGGCCCAGUGUACAGGAAAGUAUGAGAUCUCUUAUAAAGAUGUUUGACGACUCAUAUGGCUCUUCGCAGAGAGUAAUUAGCACAUUUAAGGGCGCUCAUUAAGAAACUUAUUUUCAAUUUACUUUUCCUUUAUGAAAAUAAAUAUAUAAAGCUUAAAGGAAUAGUGUACAAAGCCUACAUUUUUAA